CUCUUCUUUUCCCGCUCACCCAAAGCCAUGAAUAGAGCCGGUAAUUCCAAAAAGCGACCGCCUCCUUCGAAUACCCCACCGGCGGUGAAGCAUCAAGCCACUGGUAAUUCAACACCAUCUCCGGCCAUCGGAACCCUAGAUGAUGAAUUUAUGGUGGACGAGGACGUGUUUCUCGACGAAACUCUCUUGUACGGCGACGAAGAUGAGGAAUCCCUAAUUCUCCGGGACAUUGAGGAGCGUGAAUCGCGUUCGUCGGCUUGGGCUCGACCUCCGCUCUCACCUGCUUAUCUCUCGAAUUCGCAGAGUAUCACUUUCCAACAAUUGGAGAUUGACUCUAUAAUUUCGGAGAGUCAUAAGGAGCUGUUACCGGGUUCCUCAGGGCAAGCUCCAAUCAUUAGGAUGUUUGGGGUUACCAGAGAAGGUAACAGUGUGUGUUGCUUUGUUCAUGGAUUUGAGCCCUACUUUUACAUUGCUUGCCCUCCUGGAAUGGGGCCAGACGAUAUUUCUAAGUUCCAUCAGAUUCUUGAGGGAAGGAUGAGGGAAUCCAAUAAAAAUGCCAAGGUCCCGAAAUUUGUUCGGCGUAUCGAAAUGGUGCAAAAAAGAAGUAUUAUGUAUUACCAGCAGCAAGAAUCACAAACUUUUCUGAAGAUUACAGUUGCAUUGCCGACUAUGGUGGCAAGUUGUCGCGGCAUCCUUGAUAGAGGCUUACAAAUUGAUGGAUUUGGUAUGAAGAGCUUCCAAACAUACGAGAGCAAUAUUAUUUUUGUUCUUCGUUUCAUGGUUGACUGCAAUAUUGUCGGAGGAAAUUGGAUUGAAAUACCUACUGGGAAAUAUAAGAAGAAUGCAAGAACUUUGUCAUACUGCCAAUUGGAGUUCCAUUGCCUGUACUCAGAUCUAAUCAGUCAUGCUGCAGAAGGUGAAUACUCAAAAAUGGCUCCAUUCCGUGUACUAAGUUUCGAUAUUGAGUGCGCAGGACGUAAAGGGCACUUUCCGGAGGCUAAGCAUGAUCCUGUAAUCCAGAUAGCGAACCUUGUUACUCUUCAGGGAGAGGAUCACCCAUUUGUACGCAAUGUCAUGACUCUUAAGUCAUGUGCUCCAAUCGUAGGCGUAGAUGUCAUGUCUUUUGAAACAGAAAGAGAGGUCUUACUAGCUUGGAGGGAUUUGAUUCGUGAUGUUGAUCCGGAUAUCAUCAUUGGUUAUAACAUCUGCAAAUUCGAUUUACCUUAUCUGAUUGAGAGAGCUGCAACACUGGGAAUAGAGGAAUUUCCUCUUCUUGGUCGUGUAAAGAACAGUAGGGUCCGGGUCAGGGACUCAACAUUUUCAUCAAGACAACAAGGAAUAAGGGAAAGUAAAGAGACCACAAUUGAAGGACGAUUUCAGUUUGACCUUAUUCAGGCAAUACACAGAGACCACAAAUUAAGUUCUUAUUCGCUGAAUUCUGUCUCAGCUCACUUUCUUUCUGAGCAGAAAGAGGAUGUCCACCAUUCUAUAAUAACUGAUCUCCAGAAUGGGAAUGCGGAAACCAGGAGGCGUCUUGCUGUUUAUUGUCUGAAGGAUGCAUAUCUCCCUCAGAGGCUUCUGGACAAACUGAUGUUUAUAUAUAAUUAUGUCGAAAUGGCUCGUGUAACUGGUGUCCCUAUUUCCUUUCUUCUUGCUAGAGGACAGAGUAUCAAGGUUCUAUCUCAGCUUCUUAGGAAAGCUAAACAGAAGAAUCUGGUUCUUCCAAAUGCUAAACAGUCAGGGUCCGAACAAGGAACUUAUGAAGGCGCAACUGUUUUAGAAGCAAGAACAGGUUUCUAUGAAAAGCCAAUUGCAACUUUGGAUUUUGCUUCACUGUACCCGUCAAUUAUGAUGGCAUAUAAUCUGUGCUACUGCACCUUGGUGACACCUGAAGAUGUACGCAAACUGAAUCUUCCACCUGAACAUGUCACUAGAACUCCAUCAGGGGAAACAUUUGUUAAGCAAAGUUUGCAAAAGGGUAUACUUCCAGAAAUUCUCGAAGAGCUUCUUACCGCCCGUAAAAGAGCUAAAGCAGAUUUAAAGGAGGCUAAGGAUCCCCUUGAGAAGGCUGUUUUAGAUGGUAGACAGUUGGCGUUGAAGAUCAGUGCAAAUUCUGUCUACGGGUUUACGGGAGCCACUAAUGGGCAGUUACCAUGCUUAGAAAUAUCCUCAAGUGUAACUAGCUAUGGUCGUCAGAUGAUUGAACAGACGAAGAAACUUGUAGAAGACAAAUUCACAACACUGGGAGGGUAUGAAUACAAUGCAGAGGUCAUUUAUGGAGACACAGAUUCAGUCAUGGUGCAAUUUGGAGUAUCGGAUGUAGAAGCUGCAAUGAACUUGGGGAGGGAAGCUGCAGAACAUAUUAGCGGAACUUUUAUCAAACCCAUCAAAUUGGAGUUUGAAAAAGUCUAUUUCCCAUAUCUGCUCAUUAACAAGAAGAGAUAUGCUGGUUUGCUAUGGACAAAUCCUCAACAGUUUGACAAAAUGGACACCAAAGGAAUCGAGACAGUACGAAGGGAUAAUUGUUUACUGGUUAAGAACCUCGUGACUGAGAGUCUUAACAAAAUACUUAUUGAUAGAGAUGUUCCAGGUGCAGCUGAAAAUGUUAAGAAAACCAUUUCGGAUCUUCUCAUGAACCGUAUUGACUUGUCACUUUUGGUGAUUACUAAGGGUCUAACGAAAACAGGAGAUGAUUACGAAGUUAAAUCAGCUCAUGGUGAACUUGCUGAACGCAUGCGUAAGAGGGAUGCUGCCACAGCGCCAAAUGUUGGAGAUCGAGUACCGUAUGUUAUCAUAAAAGCUGCUAAAGGUGCCAAGGCUUAUGAACGAUCAGAAGAUCCGAUCUACGUGCUCCAGAAUAACAUCCCUAUAGACCCAAAUUACUACUUGGAGAAUCAGAUUAGCAAGCCACUUCUUAGGAUUUUUGAGCCAGUCCUGAAAAAUGCUAGCAAGGAGCUUCUUCAUGGAAGUCACACGAGGUCAAUAUCAAUCACUACUCCUUCAAACAGCGGCAUAAUGAAAUUUGCUAAGAAACAACUGAGCUGUGUUGGCUGCAAAGUUCCGAUCAGCAAUGGAACACUAUGCGCAAGUUGCAAGGGAAGAGAAGCCGAGUUAUACUGCAAAAACGUGUCUCAAGUGGCUGAGCUAGAAGAGGUUUUUGGGAGGCUGUGGACCCAGUGCCAGGAGUGUCAAGGCUCUCUUCAUCAAGAUGUCUUGUGCACCAGUCGAGAUUGUCCAAUAUUUUACCGGAGAAUGAAAGCACAAAAAGACAUGGCUGUAGCCAGGCAACAACUCGACCGUUGGAGCUUUUAAUAAGUAUUUAAGGUUGUUUUUAGCUCUCUUUUUUUUACAUUGGUUUCUCUGCUGUUAACUUUUCCGUUUGAUUUAGAACUUGUAGGUCUCUUUGUAAUGUUAUGAAAAGUAACUCUUUGGCUUCUUUGUACGUAGCUUUUGAUUAAUACAGAAAGAGAACUCUU